AUGAGCACGGAGCGCCGUGAAAACCAGACGCCGGCACGGAUCCGGUGGCUGAGGUUGACAGCAGUAACAAUCCGUGUUAACGGGCAGGCUCGCGGCGGCCGGGCCGUGUUUGCCCAAGCGCUGACGUUCUCGGUGAACAAUGGAGGGGGAGGUUGUGCUGCGCUCCCACUCCGGAGCGGCUCUCCUGGCUCGGCGCAGCCGGAGCGGCCUCGUGCACAUGCGGAGCAGGGUGCGCGGGCCCCGAGCGGCGCUCACCGCUUCCCGGGGGCUGUCGUUCCUGCAGGCUACCGCUACGUGAUCCUCGACAUCCCCCUGCUCUUCGAGACCAACAGACUGACCAAGUUCAUGAAAUACACGGUGCUGGUGUACUGUGCCGGGGCGGCGGGCGCCGUGAGCACGGCCACGUACAGCACGGUGCCCCGCGUCGCCUUCUACGCCGGCCUCAAGAACCCGCACGAGGGCUACGAGAUCCUCAAGUUCGACGACGUGGUCACCAACCUGGGCAACAGCUACGACGCCGCCUCGGGCAAGUUCACCUGCGCCGUCGCCGGCACCUACUUCUUCACCUACCACGUCCUCAUGCGCGGUGGCGACGGCACCAGCAUGUGGGCCGACCUCUGCAAGAACGGGCAGGUAAGGGGCAAUGGCAGCUGCUUGCUGCGUACUCCACCAGGGAGCUACGACGCCGCCUCGGGCAAGUUCACCUGCGCCGUCGCCGGCACCUACUUCUUCACCUACCACGUCCUCAUGCGCGGUGGCGACGGCACCAGCAUGUGGGCCGACCUCUGCAAGAACGGGCAGGGAAACUGA